AGCCCAAGAGGUACAAGUGGAUAGAUUUCCUCUUUAUGUAUAUCUUUAUUUUUAAUUUCUAUUCGUGAUUAUUUAAUUUCUGUUUGGACAUGGCAAACAAACAACUUGUGUGUGCGCUGUUGUGGGUUUUAGCUUUGAUUGGGUCAAUAAUAGAGCAUGGCGAAGCGGCAUCUGAUUUUGUGAAGGCCGAUGGCACUAGUUUCGCGGUGAAUGGAGAGUCAUUCUACCCGAAUGGAUUCAAUGCUUACUGGCUCAUGUCGAAAGGGUCGAAGCCGUCAGAGAUGGACAAAGUGUCGCGUGCUCUCUGCCAGGCCUCCUCCUACGGAAUGACUGUUGUCAGGACCUGGGCCUUCAAGGAUGGCGGAUACCGACCCUUGCAGUCCUCUCCUGGCGUCUACAAUGAGGACAUGUUCAAGGGCCUUGAUUUUGUGAUUUCCGAAGCUAAGAAAUAUGGACUUCGUUUGAUUUUGAGUAUGGUUAAUAAUUUUAAAGGAAAGAGGCAGUACGUUGAAUGGGCAAAGCAGAGAGGGGAAAAUUUGACCUCUGAAGAUGACUUUUACACAAAUUAUCUCGUUAAGACAUUUUAUAGAAAUCAUGUCAAGACAAUUCUCUUAAGAAACAACACGAAGACAGGGGUAGUGUAUAAAGAUGAUCCAAGCAUCAUGGCGUGGGAGCUGAUGAAUGAGGGCCGGUGCAAGAGUGACCUGUCUGGGCGAACCAUGCAGGCAUGGAUUGAAGAGAUGGCCGGGUAUGUCAAAGCCAUUGACCGCAACCAUUUGCUGGAAGUGGGCUUGGAAGGCUUCUUUGGUGGGCUGGAUCAGGACCAGGAGGCCAUUCAAUAUGACCCGUUUGCCUCCUCUCGUAACGUCGGCAGUGAUUUUAUAUCCAAUAACCAGAUCCAUGGAAUUGACUUUGCCACCAUUCAUUUAUAUCCCAAUCUAUGGAUCCCUCACGCAGAUGAUGCGACCCAACUUAGCUUUUUGAGGGACUGGAUACACUCUCACUCAAACGCUGCAGAUGAGAUUCUAAGGAAGCCACUCCUGGUUACAGAAUUCGGAAAAACCAGCCGGUUUGCGGGGUGCAAUGGAGUUGAUAAAGUAGCAUUUUACCGCACAGCUUACGCUGUGAUCUACAAGUUGAUCCGGGCCAGGAGCGCCUGCGCAGGUGGUUUGUUUUGGCAGCUGCUUCUGCCGGGGAUGGAAAAUUUGAGUGAUGGCUACGAGAUCAUUCUCUCUGACUGUCCAUCUAUAGCAAACAUAAUAUUCCGACACUCUCGCUUGAUCUCCAGCCUUAACGGUCCUAGCUUGCGCGGGUUGACUUCGACCUAUCAGUAGCCUAGACAGUAGUCAAAACAAUCCAUUCAUAGCGAUCAGUUUGUUUGCUGUUCAUGUACUCAGCCCCAUAUACAAAUGAAAAUUAAGUCAAACCGAUUCAAUCAUUUCAUUGUCUCUGUACACAGAUGAAAAGUCAAAAUCAUCUGUGUAUACCCAUUCAUUGGUUGGUCAUUAGUUGGUCAUGUACUCAACGAUAAAAUGUAUAAAUUUCUUAUUUCAGGAA